AUGCUGGCCCGGGCUGUGCCCAAGCCAGGAGCCUUGCUGGGAUGUCUGCCUGCCCAGCCCCGGGGAUGCCGCCGGGCCGCGGGGGUUGCCAUCCCCCCGAUCCCGCCGACUCCUCGACCCUUCAACCAGGUGCCCGGUGACUGGAGAGCAGGUUGGCUCAACCUCUACCGCUUCUGGCAGGAGGGUGGCUUCCACAACGUCCACCACAUCAUGGCUCGCAAGUUCCAGCAGUUUGGGCCCAUUUACAGGGAGAAGCUGGGUGUCUACGACAGCGUGAACAUCAUCAGCCCCCGGGACGCUGCCACUCUCUUCCAGGCAGAGGGGGCGCUGCCGGAGCGCUUCAGCGUCCCCCCCUGGGUGGCUUAUCGCGACUAUCGCAACAAGCCCUACGGUGUGCUCCUCAAGAGGGGGGAGGCCUGGCGCUCGGACAGGCUGAUGCUGAACAAGGAGGUGCUGUCCCCACGGGUGGUGGAGGGCUUCGUGCCCCUGCUGAGCCAGGUGGGAGAGGACUUCGUGCGCCGGGCGCGGGCGCAGGUGGAGCAGAGCGGCAGGGGGCGCUGGACGGCAGACUUCACCCACGAGCUCUUCCGCUUCGCCCUGGAGUCUGUGUGCCAUGUGCUGUACGGGGAGCGGCUGGGGCUGCUGCAGGACUUUGUGGACCCCGAGGCUCAGCGCUUCAUCGACGCCGUGACCCUCAUGUUCCACACCACCUCGCCCAUGCUCUACCUGCCGCCCGCCCUCCUCCGCCACCUCAACGCCAAGACCUGGAGAGACCAUGUCUGGGCCUGGGAUGCCAUCUUCUCCCAGGCGGACAAAUGCAUCCAGAACGUCUACCGGGAGCUGCGGCUGCAGCGCAGGAGCACCCAGGGCUACAUGGGCAUCCUCUGCAGCCUCAUUGUCCAGGACAAGCUGCCCCUGGACGACAUCAAGGCCAGCGUCACCGAGAUGAUGGCGGGCGGGGUGGACACGACCUCCAUGACGCUGCAGUGGGCCAUGUUCGAGCUGGCAAGGUCCCCAGGGGUGCAGGAGCAGCUGAGGGCAGAGGUCCUGGCUGCCAAGCGGGAGGCAGCAGGGGACAGGGGGAAGAUGCUGAAAAACGUCCGGCUGCUCAAAGCUGCCAUCAAGGAGACGCUCAGGCUGCACCCCGUGGCAGUGACCCUGCAGAGGUACACCACGCAGGAGGUCAUCCUCCAGGACUACCGCAUCCCCCCCAAGACGCUGGUGCAGGUCGGGCUCUACGCCAUGGGCCGGGAUCCGGAGGUCUUCCCCAAGCCGGAGCAGUUCAUCCCCCAGCGCUGGUUGGCUGAUGGCCCCAAACACUUCAAGGGGCUGGCCUUUGGGUUUGGCCCCCGCCAGUGCUUGGGGCGCAGGAUCGCCGAGCUGGAGAUGCAGCUCUUCCUCAUGCAGAUCCUGGAGAACUUCAAGAUUGAAACCAUGAGAGCAGUGGAAGUGGGGACCAGGUUUGACCUCAUCCUGCUCCCCGACAAACCUAUCUACCUGACCUUGCGGCCCCUGGAAGCCCAGGCUUGA